GUCAGAUCGCGGAGAGUCGCGCGUGUAGCUUCUUGUGAGUGUGUGUGUGAUGUGAGUUGUGUUUGGUUAUACCAUUGGAUUACGGCAUUUACUGAGGAGGGAUGGGUCGGUGGCUUGUGGAGGUCCUCUGUCUUCUUCUUCUCUUCAAAACCCAUCUCGUGCUCGCACAAACAGGACUCUGCGAGGUAGAGAAUGGCCAAUCCAACAUCAUUAUGGAUAUUGAAGAGAGCAGAGAGAACGAGGUAGGCCAGGCCACCACUCCCUCGGAGCUACCCAUCUCUGGAGACCCUCUGGCAGACAUCAGUCUGGACCUUGUCUUCCCCAAGGGCAACCCUUACUUCACACUCCAGGGGAAGAAGCUGCAGCUGCUCUCGCCUCUGGACCGGGACAAGGAUAACCUCUCGCACAUAGUCUUCCAGCUGACGUGCACAGUGAGAUCCACACGCAAGAAGAAGACCGUCCCUGUCAUUGUGAGAGUAGUGGACGUGAACGACAACCCCCCGAUCUUCAUCAACACUCCGUAUAACACCACCAUCUCAGAGCUGGUGCCAGUGGGGACGACGAUCUUCCGAGGUUUGAAGGCGGUCGACAGAGACGCCGGUGUCAACAGCCUGGUGGAGUACUCCAUCAUCCCCGGUGACGGGCGAGGGGUGGGGACAGACCAGGGGGUGGGCAGGAGCAGAGUCACUGUGGCUGACGGGUACGGCUACUUCGCCAUCAACCUUCCUCACCAGGGACAAGUCACUGUCAACAGGAGUCUGGACUAUGAGAAGACCCAGAGAUACCUCCUCACCGUGGUGGCUACUGACCGAGCAAGGAACGAAUCUGAAAGAUUUUCGACAACAACGACUCUGACAGUGAAUGUUAGAGAUGACGAUGAUCAGGAUCCAUCCUUCAUUUAUCGAGGAUGCAUGUCAGUGGACGGGGCUUGUGUCAACCCUGAGUACCAUGCUACUGUAUCCAGUGGAGUUAGGGCAGGGAUACUGUCUGUCUCUCCUGAGAAGAUCCAAGCCGUGGACAUGGAUACCAACAACUCUCCGAUUAUCUACAGCUUCCUGUCCGGGACUCCUGGCUCAUUCCGAGAAUAUUUUGAGAUCAAUCCCUCAACUGGAGCAGUUCAGCAAAUCAGAGCCGUGGAUACCUCCGUGACCAAAAGAUUUGAAAUUAUUGUUAAGGCAGAAGAAAAAUCAGCAAGUAGAAGAUUUGCAACAGCCAAACUGAUAAUCUUGGUCAGACCAGUGGAUGUGAACCCUCCAGUGAUUGCAGCUUCUGCUACGGAUGGUUUUGUUGAUGAAAAUGCUCCUGUUGGAACCAGAAUUAUUGACAAAGAAGGAAACCCGAUACUACUGAGUGUCUCCGAUCCUGACUUGGGGGCAGAUGAUCCGAAACCUGACUAUGAUUAUGAAGUUACCACCAACUUUUUCCACAUUGAUGAAGAAGGCAAUUUAGUGGUCGGUCAAGAAAAUUUAGACAGAGAUCCACCAAAUCCUGGGAAAUUUAGAUUUCAGGUUGUUGCCCGAGAGCGACAUGGAACAGCAGCCAGUUCUCCAGUGACGUUCACUGUAGAGUUGAACGACAUCAACGACAACGCUCCCCACAUGCCGAUGAUUCCUCCCAUCUCUAUACAAGCUGGGGAGGGUCGCAGACAAGUAGUCAAGGUGGAGGCCACUGAUAGGGAUGUGGGAGAGAACGCAGAGAUAUCCUACAGUAUCUAUCACGUGUCCAACAACGGCAGGAACAAGUUCAAAAUAGACCCUAGUACUGGAGCCAUAGAGGUCAAUGGCAAACUGAACGCCGGAGAACAGUAUAGCAUCACUGUACAGGCCACGGACAGUGGAGGCAAGUCAAGUCAGACCAUUGUAGAGGUGACUGUAGUCCCAGGACCCAACACUCGCAGUCCAGUGUUCCAAGAGUCUACGUAUCAUGUCACCAUCAGUGAGGGAGCUCCUAUCAACUCUACUGUCGCAAAUAUUGUGGCAACUGAUCCGGAAAACGAGCCUGUCACGUAUUCCAUCGUGUCGGGGAACGAUUUGCGUCAGUUUGCAAUCAAUGAUAAGACUGGAGUGUUGUCUGUCAUAAGAAAACUGGACAGAGAGGAUCUUACUAGAUACGAGCUGGUGAUCAAAGCCGAGGAUGAAGGAGGUCUAUCGAGCACAGCGAACGUAAAUAUUGUUGUCAGUGACAUCAACGACAAGAACCCGGAAUUCACACACUUGCCUUAUGAGUUUACAGUGACGGAGGGAGUCAAAGAUGUGUUUGUUGGCCAAGUAACAGCUACAGAUGCAGAUGAAGGCAUGAACGCCAACGUCACCUACUCGCUGCCUGAGGAUGUGCCUUUCACCAUCGACACCAUCACUGGCAACAUCACUACACAGACUGCCCUGGACUAUGAGAAAAACAAGGAGUUCAAGUUUGUAGUGACAGCUCAAGACGGCGCCCCGGACCCCAGGAUCGCCACAGCUACAGUCACUGUACAUGUCACAGAUGUGGAAGACGAGUUACCUACCUUCCCGGUCACACUGUACAAUACUACAGUGCCUGAGAACACUGCUAACUACCUCGUUGCUCAAGUCAAGGCCGAAGAUCUGGACACUAACAAGAGCAUAACAUAUGUCAUCAAACAAGGUCCUCAGGAUCUUUUCAAAAUUGAUAAGAAAACUGGUGAGAUAAGAACAGCCAGAGGCCUAGACUAUGAAACAGAAAAUCAAUACGCACUAAUAAUUGGAACAGAAGAAAACCCGAACCUGAGACCUGGAGCUACAACCAAAGUAAUCAUAAUGGUUGAGGACCAAAAUGACGUGCCUCCAGUGUUUUUGACCAUUUUAACGAAACCGAUUGUGCUGAAUGAUGACACUGAGAUAGGCUCAUUAGUAACUACACUAGCCGCUUCUGAUGCUGAUGGCACGGCUCCUAACAAUAUUGUCCGCUACGACAUUGUUGGCAAAGGAGAAGCUUCAAGAUUCUUUGAAAUCAACCAAACCUCGGGGGAACUGCGGGUGAAGGAUGACUUUCGCAAGGAGCCUGACAAUGAAUACGAGGUUGAAGUCAGAGCGUAUGACUCAGGUGAGCCAGAGUUGUCUUCCUCUAUGACAGUCCCUGUGUACAUCCGCAGAACUACUACAGUAACUCCAGACAUUGGUCCUGGGUUUGCUGACACCUUGUACACCAUAGAGGUGCCUGAGGACACCAAACCUAACUCCACUGUCAAGACAUUCACCAUCAUCAAGAACCAGAAACAACCCAAGAACCUUCCACUACACUGUUCCAUCAGCAAAGGAAACACAGGAGGCGUGUUCUCAGUGAGAGUGACUGAAGACAGAAACUGUGAGUUGAGACUUGUGGCUGCUCUGGACCGUGAGGAGACAUCAGAGUACCAGCUGACCCUACAGCUGGACACUGGUCUGCUGGUCAACAACACUAAUGCCAUCACCUCAACCUCGGUAAAGAUCCAGGUUCUAGAUGUGAAUGACAACAUACCUGUCUUUCUCUACCCAGAAUCAAGCAGAAGAUUCAAAAAAGAGAAAUACUUUGGGGGAGUUGCUGCUGACAGGAGAGACGUGGGGGCUCAUGUUCUGGAUGUCAAAGCAGAAGACAAGGACGCAGGCAAGCUAGGCCAGGUAGAGUAUCGCCUGAUCCCUGAUGAGACAGGCGCAGUGGACUACUUCUCCAUCGACCCUCGUACAGGCGUUGUGCGCACCAAGAGGACCCUGGACUCUGUAGGUAGAGAGGCCUUACCCUUCAGACUGACUGUGGAGGCCAGAGACAGCCCUGGAGUCAGCAGAGGAUACAACACUGCUGCUACACAGAUAGUGGUAAAUGUCAUUGAAGAUAUUGAUCGCAUGAUCUUGGUCAUAAACAACAUGCCUGCAGAUGAAGUGGAAGAAAACCGUGAGAAGGUGGUAACGUUGUUGGAGCAGCACAGUAACUUGCUGGUGGGAGUUGAGCAGAUGGUGCCCAGACAGUGGUCCAGGGACAAUUUGACAUUAGACACUGAUCAGUUCAGCACGGAUGUGUGGUUCUAUGUGGUGGACCCUGACACUGAGCUGAUACAAGGCCGCAACACCUCCGUUGUGAAGAGGAGCCUUACCUCCAAGGAGGCCCAGUCAGACAUAUCCGAGGCUCUGGCUGCAGCUCUACACGUAGGUCUGUUUGACAUUCACCCUCCCCUACGUGUGACUCCUGUCAGGACCACCUUCAUACAAGCUCAGUGGGAGGUGUUCCCCUACGCCUUGGUGGCUAUUGCUGCCCUCAUCAUGGUGCUGGGCAUAGCCGGCAUCAUAUACAUCUGCAUCUCUUGGUCUAGAUACAGAGCCUACAAGGAGCGGAUGCAGAGGAUGUAUGUCACUCCUCACUAUGAUCCUGUGUUUGUGGAACCCAGUCUGAAGGAAUAUGAAACACAGGUUCUACAAAUGAGUGUUCCGGUAGAUGACAAUGACAGCUUCAACGAUCUUCAACUGGACUUCAGCAACAAAAACCACACCUUCAAUCUAGACAACGUCGGCUACAUCUCAAAAGAGCUAAAUGAAACUCUGGAUAAGCCUGUCGUGAACACAAUGACAAGAACGGCCACCAUUGGUCGACAAAGAUCUCACCACAACAAUAACAACAACAUUCACCGUUCUCCUUCGGGAGUCACAAACCCUGCUUAUGACAGGUCAGGAGACACAUUGUCUAGGAGAAACACAAGUCCGUCCAAUGACAAUGUGACUUUCCGAGGCAAGAAGGACUACUCUCACUUAGGCUUCAACUAUUUAGUGGACAGAAACUCAGUGGAGGCCACGACGGAGCUAUAGUCAACAUGGUGUUAGCUUUAAUUAUGUGAUCUAGUAGUAAACAAAUUAAUAUAUUAGAACUAAGGUUCCAUCUCCGUCCAAGGUAAGUUGAGUGAUUAAAAAUCAUUUGUUUGGAUUUUUUUUUCUUCACCUGGAAUCUUAUGCAUGUCACAUUAGUUUGGUCUACUGUAUUUACUCAAACUACCUUGGUUCUUGGAGAGUCGCCAUGUUUGAGGUAUAAAAUUAUAAACUGAACAAUAUAUCUUGUAAAUUUGUUAUCCUCUGAUAAAUAGUAUCAUUGACUGUACACAGAAUAGACUUCCCAUGUAAUGUACAAAUUUGAAGCCAAGAAACGGGGUGUAAUCUGUUGAGAUGGUCAUCAACUAAUGACAAUAUUCUGUGUUAAGUGAUAAAUCAAUCAGCUGUUGCUAUGAUACUGCAUUGGUUUUAACAUAGACAAAUAAACAUAGACCGUCAGCUGUGCUGCGGUUAGCAUAAGUUCUGGUGUCCACCACUAGGUUAGCAGUGUAGUUACGGUGCACACCGCUGCAGCGUCUGCUGCUCGCAUUCGGCUCCUGCGCUCCUCGCCUGCAGCGGUGUGCACCUUAACUACACGGCACUCCUAGCGGUGCCGGAACCUUCCUUUGACAGUUUAUUCUAUUUGUCUAUUGUUUUAAUUAAUAUUCAACCCAAUACACUAGUAAACUCUGGUGAGAUGGUCCUGAACUUCAUCUAGCCUAUUUUCUUGGCUUCAAACUUUCAUUUCACAUGGGAAGUCUAGUCAAUGCUAGUAUUGACGAUAGAAACCUUCGAUGCAGCUGAUUAGGCCUACAUUUUAACACAAUUUUUUAUUGAUAUUACCUUAUCCUUAGUUUCCCAGGUGGAGAACCCACUACAAAAAUAACCUGUUCCAAAUAAUCUAUUUAUUUUUCUAAACAACCUUUCCAAAACAUAAUUUAUAUUCAUAAUUUAAUCUUGAAUUCUUUUAUUUACUGUUAACUCGUUAAAAACAAGGUACAGUAUUGGGUGUAGGGAUGUUGGUGUUAUUAUUUUAUACCUCUAGACUCGACUAGGAAUCUUUGCAAUAUUAGUGCUCACAUUAAAGAGACUAUAAUGUAAGCUUAGUGUAUGUUAGAUUGGUAAAGUAGUGUGCAAUAAAUACCUAUCACAUUCCAAAAAUAUGUGCAAGCCUACUUUAAAAAUAUUUAAUAAGUUACCAACCUGUAGAAAAAUCUUUUGAAACAACAAUUUUAUUUUGUCUUCAAUUAUUUGAUUUAGCUUUAUUGCAUUAUUUUACAGAAAUAAUAACACUGUAGUGCAAAUGAAGUCAAAAGCUACUUUCAAACCUUGAAAAAGUCAUCUUUAUGGAUACAUUAAACAUAAAAAUUAAUACAAUAAUUAAUAAAACAAAAAAGUCAUAUACAUCAAAUUAAGAAUACUAUUAAUUUUAUAUGUAUGUUUUACAAUUUUUCUUUUAGUUUGGGAUUUUUAGAAACAAAUCUAAAUAUCCUUUAAAGGUGAUAUUUUGACUUUGCUCAAAUCUAGGCAUAAGAGCAAUAAUAAAGAAAACAUUAAUUCAAGCACAAGGAGCACCAGAGUUAAAUAAUAAAAUUUUAAAUCUAUUAUGUAAGACUUAUUUUGAUAGUAAUUUAUUCUUUAUACAAGUUUAAAUUACUAUUGUUAUAAUUAAUUGAGUGAUAGUUACAAUAAUUACAGAAGCAAAGCAGAAUAAGUUAUUCUAUGUAAAAAGUAGAUUUAAAAUUGUGAUUUGUGGAUGAAUCUUUAGUGGUAGUACAACGUUGAUAUUUAAAUCAAAAUGUUCUAUUAUGUUGUUAAAACUUCUCCCAUCUUAUCGACAGACUGUAAAAGAUUUUAUGAAGUACUAGCUGUGUACCCGUUCUACGCACGGGGAUCUUAUAAUAUUCAGUUGAAACCUUCUUAUAUAAAGAACAGCAGUUGGUUUGCAUAUUUUAAGAUAUGCUGGCCAAACUAUUAUACAUAGCUUCAUUUUAUGUUGUUUUUUGUUGUUCCGGAUCGGUAUGACAAUCAAUAAAAGGUUAAAUUACCUCUGUGUCUGCCGGUCGAUCCUAUAACGGUAGGCUUACUUUUAUUUUUACUAUCUGAUCUCGUUUGCAUGGCUCAAUCACGUCCUGGUUGAAGUUCGUUCGCUACGCUCACUCACCUGUAUGUUGGAGCUCGUUCGCUGCGCUCACUUUCCUUCAGGUUAGCUCGUUCGCUACGCUCACUUGCCUUCAGGUUAGCUCGUUCGCUACGCUCACUCGCCUCCAGGUUGCAAAUUAGCUGUUGUCAUAAAUGUAAAAGAAAUAAUAGUGCUAGUGCUGCACCCUGUUGGUAAUCCUUGUAACUUUAAUGCUAUUGAACAUCACAGAACAGAACCAACUUGUUUAAUUGAAACAGCUGUUAAGAUUCAAUAAUUUCAUUUCUCAUAAGGUUAACAUGGGCUUCCAGAAAUUCCACGUCAAAAAUCGACAAAAACUUGAUUUUCAAGGGUUUACUGUUAAAUAUCUAACUGUCUCAUAUUCGAUGAAAUACGUCUAAAACCAUCUCAUAUAUGUAUAGUAUUUGGAAAAUAAGUUUCAGGCGGGACAGUGCUAUAGUUAUUGAGGAGUAGUUGUAAUAAAGUGCGUAUUUUAGCGUUACCAAGAGAAUGACAGAUAGACAGACAGACAGACAGACAGACAGACAGACAGAAAUUGAGAUAAGGUUUGAUUCGGUUUCUCUGACCUAUGAAAUGUAAAAAUAACCAAAAAGUUCAUUAUUCUAAGCAAUGUACAGACAAAACUCUAAUUUUAUUUAUAUAGAUUGUGCCUAUUGGUAUAAAUUAGUUGGAAUAACUAAAAUAUAGUUGUAUAUUGUUUAUGAGAUAGUGUUGGUAGUUUUUAACUUACCAUCCUAGUCAUUUUGCCUGUCAAAUACAGACAAAACUGUAAAUAUUGUAAUUAAAUUUAUAGUAUUAAUUCCAUUUGUUAUGAAACCAUGAUUGUGUACUU